GGUUAUUCCAAAUGGAUCUUCUCUAAACUCGAAACCAGUACCCGCAAAACCUAAAUCCAUUUACAAUAUAUUUAUUUUCCCUCGCUUUCUCUCUUAUCCCUCAGUACUGCAAACACAAAAAUCCCGCCAAAAAGCGAUCUCCGUCAAAAUGAAUCGAAACGCUAACGCAAAGAAACGGCCGCCACCGUCGACACCGCGACCGCAGCCAGCCGCCAAGCUUCAAGCCACUACACCAACACGGACCGGAGAAGAAGAAUUCGUAGACGAAGAUGUAUUUCUCGAAGAAACCCUCAUUGCCGAAGACGAAGAGAAUCUCAUCCUCCGAUACGUCGAGAAACACGAAGCUUUCGCUUCUAGGUUAACUAAAUGGGCCCGUCCUCCGCUCUCUCAUGCUUACGUGUCUCAAUCUCAGAGCAUCUUAUUUCAGCAAUUGGAGAUUGAUUAUGUGAUUGGAGAAAGUAAUAGGGAACUUUUGCCAGAUAGGUCAGGUCCUGCUGCUAUUAUCAGAAUUUUUGGUGUUACAAGGGAAGGGCAUAGUGUGUGCUGCAAUGUUCAUGGAUUUGAGCCAUAUUUUUAUAUAAGCUGCCCUAAUGGAAUGGGCCCUGAUGACAUCUCUAGUAUCCAACAUAUUCUCGAGGGAAGGAUGAGAGAGGCCAAUAGGAGUAGUAAAAUUUCGAAAUUUAUUCGGAAAAUUGAAGUUUUGCAAAGAAGGAGCAUUAUGUAUUAUCAGCAGCAGCAAUCUCAUCCUUUCCUGAAGAUAGUCGUUGCAUUGCCAACAAUGGUUGCCAGCUGCCGUGGGAUUCUUGACAAAGGCAUACACAUUGAUGGCUUUGGUAUGAAGAGCUUCAUGACAUACGAAAGCAAUGUUCUUUUUGCCCUUCGCUUCAUGAUUGAUUGCAAUGUUGUUGGUGGAAAUUGGAUUGAAGUGCCUGCUGGUAAAUACAAGAAAACAUCAAAGAACUUGUCCUAUUGCCAAUUAGAGUUUGACUGCUUGUAUUCAGAAUUGAUCAGCCAUGCCCCUGAAGGCGAGUUCUCGAAAAUGGCCCCAUUUCGAAUAUUGAGUUUUGAUAUUGAGUGUGCUGGUCGUAAGGGUCAUUUUCCUGAGCCUAGUCAUGAUCCUGUUAUUCAGGUGGCCAAUCUAGUCACUUUGCAGGGAGAGGAUCAGCCACUUAUUCGUAAUGUCAUGACCUUAAACUCAUGCUCUCCUAUAGUUGGAGUGGAUGUAAUGUCAUUUGAUACAGAAAGAGAAGUUUUGCUGGCUUGGAGGGAUUUUGUUCGCGAAGUGGACCCUGACAUUGUAAUUGGGUACAAUAUCUGCAAAUUUGACUUGCCAUAUCUCAUUGAGAGAGCUCAAACUUUGGGAAUAGCAGAAUUUCCUAUUUUAGGCCGCAUUAGGAAUAGCAUGGUUCGGGUCAAAGAUGCGACUUUUUCUUCAAGACAGUAUGGAACAAGAGAAAGUAAAGAAGUUACAUUGGAAGGGAGAGUUCAAUUUGAUUUGCUUCAGGCCAUGCAACGUGACUACAAAUUAAGUUCUUACUCUUUAAAUUCUGUCUCAGCACACUUCCUAUCUGAGCAGAAAGAAGAUGUGCACCACUCCAUCAUAUCAGAUCUCCAGAAUGGAAAUGCAGAAACUAGAAGGCGGCUUGCUGUAUAUUGCUUGAAGGAUGCUUAUCUUCCUCAGCGACUCCUGGAUAAGCUGAUGUACAUUUAUAACUAUGUAGAAAUGGCUCGUGUUACAGGUGUCCCAAUAUCUUUCCUUCUCUCCAGGGGACAAAGUAUUAAGGUGCUCUCUCAACUCUUGAGGAAGGCUAAACAGAAGAACCUUGUUAUUCCUAAUGUCAAACAGGCAGGAUCAUCUGAACAAGGAACUUACGAAGGCGCCACUGUUUUGGAGGCAAAUGCAGGAUUCUACGAAAAGCCUAUUGCAACCCUGGAUUUUGCGUCUCUGUAUCCUUCAAUAAUGAUGGCAUAUAAUCUUUGUUACUGCAGUUUGGUAACUCCUGAUGAUGUUCGUAAAUUAAACCUUCCACCUGAAUGUGUCAACAAAACUCCAUCUGGUGAAAUAUUUGUCAAAUCAAGUCUGCAAAAGGGAAUUCUACCAGAAAUUCUUGAAGAAUUGUUAGCUGCUCGCAGAAGGGCAAAAGCAGAUCUGAAGGAAGCCAAGGAUCCACUGGAGAAGGCUGUUCUGGAUGGUAGGCAAUUAGCUUUAAAAAUUAGUGCAAAUUCCGUAUAUGGGUUUACAGGAGCUACAAUUGGUCAAUUACCCUGUUUAGAGAUAUCAUCAAGUGUUACAAGCUACGGUCGACAAAUGAUUGAACACACCAAAAAACUUGUGGAAGACAAAUUUACUAUAAUGGGGGGCUAUGAGCACAAUGCUGAGGUCAUAUAUGGGGACACAGAUUCGGUUAUGGUUCAAUUUGGUGUUCCUACUGUAGAAGAAGCGAUGAAACUAGGAAGAGAAGCCGCUGAACAUAUCAGUGGGACUUUCAUAAAACCCAUCAAGCUAGAGUUUGAGAAGGUCUAUUUUCCCUAUCUGUUGAUUAGUAAGAAGAGAUAUGCAGGUUUAUACUGGACAAAUCCAGAAAAAUUUGACAAAAUGGAUACUAAAGGCAUUGAAACAGUUCGAAGAGACAACUGUUUAUUGGUAAAAAACCUUGUAAAUGAGUGCCUUCACAAGUUACUAAUUGACAGAGAUGUGCCAGGUGCAGUUCAGUUUGUCAAGAAUACUAUCUCGGAUCUUCUCAUGAACCGGAUGGAUUUGUCACUUCUGGUUAUCACUAAGGGCUUGACAAAGACUGGAGAUGACUAUGAAGUAAAGGCAGCUCAUGUAGAACUUGCUGAACGCAUGCGCAAGAGAGAUCCUGCUACUGCUCCAAAUGUUGGAGAUCGAGUGCCUUAUGUCAUUAUAAAAGCUUCGAAAGGCGCUAAGGCUUAUGAGAAAUCAGAGGAUCCUAUCUAUGUCCUAGAAAAUAACAUUCCGAUUGACCCCAACUAUUAUCUUGAAAAUCAAAUUAGCAAGCCGCUUCUAAGAAUUUUUGAGCCCAUUUUGAAGAAUGCCAGCAAGGAACUUCUCCAUGGAAGUCAUACAAGAUCUAUCUCAAUCUCCACUCCUUCAACUGGUGGCAUCAUGAAAUUUGCUAAGAAGCAGCUCACUUGCAUUGGUUGCAAAGCUCUAAUUAGCAAUUCAGAUCAAAAUCUCUGCUCACACUGCAAAGGAAGAGAAGCAGAACUAUACUGCAAAACUGUUUCUCAAGUGUCUGAUCUAGAGUUGCUAUUUGGGAGGCUGUGGACACAGUGCCAAGAAUGCCAGGGCUCUCUUCAUCAGGAUGUGCUUUGCACGAGCCGGGAUUGCCCAAUAUUUUAUCGAAGAAAGAAGGCACAAAAGGACAUGGCUGAAGCCAAGCGGCAGUUAGAUAGAUGGAACUUUUAAUAGGCUAACAAGUAUUCAAGCAGGGGAUGUUUCUUAGCUUAGGAAAACACAAACUCGGCUUGCUGGAGAGGCUUUUCAGUGGUGCUGGGAAUCGAUAAACUGACAGACAGUCGGAAAAUUAGAGACAUGAAGCAUACAUAUAGGAGAUGCAAAUCGGAGACAUGAAGCAUAACAGGACACUAAACCCUAACAAGAUUGAGUAGGUUUUCCUUGGGUUUUUGAUUGGGAAGUUGAUGAUGGGACUACGCUUCUGAUAUAGGGUGCUUAAUGCAGUAUUUGUAACAUUCCUUAGCUUUGUAAUUCUCUCUAGGGUAAUCUGAAACCAAUUAUUUGGAGAGUUUGUAUUUAAAAUUGUAAACUCAUUUUGAAUCUCAGUUUUCCCUGAGCCUGAACUCAUGCAAUAUUGAAUUUGAAACUGUCUGUAAACCAUAGCAAUGAUGUGUUACCAUAUUAUUGCUAAUGCCCUUCGGCACUUUUUGAAGCGGUGAAGAAACCACUUGCUAUCCGGAGAUUCAAUACAAAGAGUGAAUUCACUGA